UGGCUGAACGAAGCUUUCUCGUUUGGGAAAAAAGUAAACUUUAGUUGAGAAAAAACUCUGGAUAUGAGUAUGCAUGUUAGGACAUGCUCGAGCCAAGAGAAACCGAAUUACCAGCUUUGUUUCUUGUCUUCAUCGUGCUUCCACUAGUCAGUUACUUCUUACUAGGAAAAUGGAGCGAGUCCGCAAAAUCGAAAGAGAGGUUAAGUGUGAUUGCCGCUGACGAAUCUCUUCAGUUCAACAACAUGGCUGUUGCCGCCGUAAUGCCGCCGCCAGUGGUUCACUUGCCAAACGGUGUGGUUCAUCAAUGCGCGAGAUGCUCUGGCCAAGCCACUACUCGUUGCUCACAGUGCAAAUCCGUUCGGUAUUGUUCCGGAAGGUGCCAGAUUCUUCAUUGGAGGCAAGUGCACAAGCUCGAGUGCCAACAAUUGGGAAAAGACUUGCAUAGAUUUGAAGAGAUGAACUCGUUGCUCGAUGACAAUAAUGGAGAAUUUUCAAGAACUGGCACUUUCUCGAAGCCACUAGAAGAUUCUUAUGUGCCGGAAGGUGAUUUUUUCGUCUCGGAAAAUCACGCUAAUAAAGAAAACGUGUCGCAUAAAACAAAGAGCUUCAAUUGCUCUUCCGAAAGGACUUUGAUUAAAAGGAGUAAUAAAUCAAGAAUUGUUUUGAGUGAUAAUGGAAUUGAAAUGCACAAGUCUCCAAAAUCGAGGGCGAAAGUGUCUAAAGAACCGUUGCAUUCAGAUAUAAUAAAUUCAAAAGGUCAACCUGCAAACGAGUCGAGAGUUGCUAGUGUAACAGACAACUCUGCAAACACGGGAAUUAUGAGUAUGAAGAAGUCGGUAAAAAUUGACCAUGGUCAACAUUUAGAAGAAAGAAAAAUGAAGAUGAUAUUUCCAUACGAGGAAUUUGUGAAGUGCUUUCAGUUUGAAGCCCUCAAUUUUACACCGAGAGGACUCGUGAAUUGCGGCAACAGUUGCUAUGCGAAUGCUGUAUUGCAAUGUCUCACAUACACGAAACCUCUGAUCGUGUAUCUUCUUCGUCAGUCGCAUUCUACUGCCGGGUGUACGAAAGAUUGGUGCCUCGUGUGUGAACUCGAGCAGUUUGUACAGAUGCUAAGAGAAAAUGGGGGCCCGUUGACACCUGUCAAUAUUCUUAUAUAUAUUCGAAGUCUUAAUUCACAGAUUGGUGACGGAAGCCAAGAAGAUGCCCACGAGUUUUUAAGGCUGCUUGUGGCAUCGAUGCAAUCGAUAAGCUUGGAAAGUUUCGGUGGAGAAAAUGCAGUUAAUCCCGUCCUGCAGAAUACGACUUUUAUACAACACACUUUUGGGGGGUGCCUUCGAUCAAAGGUCAAAUGUUUGAGAUGUAAUCAUGAAUCGGAGCGGUACGAGAGUAUGCUGGAUCUUACAUUGGAGAUAUUCGGUUGGGUUGAGUCAUUAGAGGAUGCACUAACGCAGUUCACAAGUUUGGAAGAUCUCGAUGGAGAGAAUAUGUACCGAUGUCCGAGGUGCGCUGCGUAUGUUCGAGCAUUGAAGCAGUUGAAGAUACAAGAGGCUCCUAAUAUUCUUACUAUUGUCUUGAAGAGAUUUCAGGAGGGAAAUUAUGGAAAAAUAAAUAAAUGCAUAACGUUUCCGGAAAUGCUGGAUAUGAUUCCGUUUAUGACCGGAACGGAUGAUAUUCCUCCGCUUUACGUGCUCUAUGCUGUGGUGGUGCAUCUAGAUUCAUAUAAUGCAUCUUUUUCGGGUCAUUACAUCUCGUACGUGAAAGAUCUGCAUGGGAAUUGGUUCAGGGUUGACGAUACCGAGGUCCAACCGGUAGAAUCGAGCCAGGUGAUGUCUGAAGGAGCAUAUAUUCUCUUCUAUAUGAGGUCAUCGCCACGCCAUACGAAAAGUAGCAAUACGAAAGCCACCGGUAAAAAUGCCGACUAUAACAGUAACAUCUCAAGAGGCAUCCUUGUAAGAGAAAACAGAAGCAGAUCACCAUCAACCCUAAAAAACUACAUCGAAGAAUUCUCCGAUGCUACAACAUCAACCGAUUACGGGUCCCACCUCACAACAAGCUCGGACGACUCGUCUUUCACCACAGAGAGCACGAGAGACUCUUUCAGCACAGAAACAUUUCCCUUAUCUUCCAUCUUCCAUUCUUGGAAUAUUCCGGAAGAAUAUUCUACGUCCAGUACUAGAACCAUCUCGUGCAGCGUGUUGCCAGCUGGCAGUAAGCCUCUGACGAGAUUUGCCCGCGAGGAAAAGGGUUUCGUCUCGGUGUACGGUGGCACGAGCUAUGAUGACGGUGUGCAUGAUCAUGUAUAUUAUACUAGUGGUGCAGGAGAAGCUGCACCUCAAUUAACUUCUUAUUUUAGUUGUACAAUGUGAUUUAUUUAUUUCUAGGGUUUUUCUAAUUAUUAUUAUUAUAACUUUCUUGAAAUGGCUAAUAUUAGCUAGUUUGACACCAAGCCUCAUUUUUUUUUUUUUAAUCUUCAUUUCUUUUUGCCAUGUGGGGGAGGUGAGUAUAGAGAAUUUUAAGGGGCGAAAACGCCGUAAACUGAAUUUCGACAUGCGCUCGUGUAAGCUAAAACUACAUAUGAUGAUCAUUUUUUUUUAGUUUCAACACUUGUUUUUUUUU